UGAUGAUGAGGAUUUGAAUGAGGAGGACCCUUUGGAGUUUGAUGCCGGGUUUGGUAAUAUUAUUGUGGUGGAUAAUCUACCAGUUGUUCCAAAGGAGAAAUUUGAGAAGCUGGAGGGAGUAGUUCGGAAGAUAUACAGUCAAAUAGGAGUGAUAAAAGAGGAUGGGCUUUGGAUGCCUCUUGAUCCUGCCACCCAGAAAACCCUUGGGUACUGCUUCAUCGAGUACAAUACUCCUCAGGAAGCUGAACUUGCUAAGGAGAAGACAAAUGGAUACAAGUUAGACAAAGCACAUAUAUUUGCUGUGAAUAUGUUUGAGGACAUCGAGAAGUUCUUGAAAGUUCCAGAUGAGUGGGCUCCUCCUGAAACUAAACCAUAUGCACCAGGGGAAAAUCUACAACAUUGGCUUACUGAUGAGAAAGCUAGAGAUCAGUUUGUUAUUCGCGCUGGUUCUGACACGGAGGUUUUAUGGAAUGAUGCGAGACAUUUGAAGCCUGAACCUGUUUAUAAACGUUCUUUUUGGACUGAAAGUUUUGUACAGUGGUCCCCACUUGGGACUUACUUAGCCACAGUUCAUAGGCAGGGUGCUGCUGUAUGGGGGGGUGCCACUUCCUUUAACCGCCUUAUGCGUUAUGCUCAUCCACAGGUAAAACUGAUUGAUUUUUCUCCUGGUGAGAGAUUUUUGGUGACUUAUAGCAGCCAUGAACCGAGCAAUCCUCGUGAUACGCAUAGGGUUGUGUUAAAUAUCUUUGACGUGAGAACUGGAAAAGUGAUGAGAGAUUUCAAGGGAAGUGCAGAUGAGUUUGCAAUUGGAGGAACUGGAGGUGUUACAGGGGUGUCUUGGCCUGUUUUCAGGUGGGGCGGUGGGAAAGAAGAUAAAUACUUUGCCAGAAUUGGGAAAAAUGUAAUCUCUGUCUAUGAAACUGAGACCUUCACUCUUAUUGACAAAAAAUCCUUUAAGGUGGAUAAUGUGAUGGAUUUUUGUUGGUCCCCAACUGAUCCCAUUCUUGCACUCUAUGCACCUGAGCUUGGUGGUGGGAACCAACCUGCAAGGGUGAGUCUUCUUCAAAUUCCAAGCAAAGAGGAGUUGAGGCAGAAGAAUCUCUUCAGUGUUAGUGAUUGCAAAAUGUAUUGGCAAAGCAAUGGGGAAUACCUUGCUGUUAAGGUUGACCGAUACACUAAAACUAAGAAGAGCACAUACACUGGCUUUGAGCUUUUCCGAAUCAAAGAACGGGACAUACCCAUUGAGGUUUUUGAGCUUGAAAACAAGAAUGACAAGAUUAUUGCAUUUGCUUGGGAGCCAAAGGGCCACAGAUUUGCAAUUAUCCAUGGUGAUGGCCCAAGGCCUGACGUGACUUUCUAUUCGAUGCGGAGCGCUCAUAAUGCAGGUCGAUAUUCAAAGCUCACAACUCUCAAGGGUAAGCAGGCAAAUUCUCUUUACUGGUCACCAGCCGGUCGCUUCAUUAUACUGGCUGGGUUGAAGGGUUUCAAUGGACAGUUAGAGUUCUACAAUGUGGACGAGCUUGAAACCAUGGCAACAGCAGAGCAUUUUAUGGCAACCGAUAUUGAAUGGGAUCCUACUGGAAGGUAUGUUGCUACGGCAGUUACCUCAGUUCAUGAGAUGGAGAAUGGUUUCAACAUAUGGUCCUUCAGUGGAAAGUUACUGUAUCGGAUACCAAAGGAUCACUUCUUCCAGUUUCUGUGGCGCCCAAGGCCACCAUCUUUCUUGAGCCCUGAGAAAGAGGAAGAGAUUGCUAAGAACCUGAAGAAGUAUAGCAAGAAGUAUGAAGCAGAGGAUCAGGAUGUGUCGAUGCUAUUAAGUGAACAGGACCGUGAGAAGCGGAAGAUGUUGAAGGAUGAAUGGGAAAGGUGGAUCAACGAGUGGAAGACACUGUAUGAAGAAGAAAAAAUGGAGAGGCAGAAGCUGAGGGAUGGUGAAGCCAGUGAUGAAGAAGAGGAGUACGAGGCCAAAGAAGUUGAAGUGGAGGAGUUGUUGGAUGUUUCCGAGGAGAUUCUUUCCUUUGACUCGGAGCAGUAG